AGCGUGUGGAGGCUGAACGCGCCGGUGUGGCCGCGAGAGCUGCGAAUUCCGAAGAGCACAGAAGUGUUCCUCAGGGCUGAGGGAGUAACAUGAACCAGGCGUCUUUCUAUGGACAAAGGAGGACAUCUUCACCAAAGGCUCACUGAGCAGGCAGCAGGACAUGGCAACCUCUGAACUUUACUCCAAGCAUGCCCGCGUUUGGCUCCCAGAUGCAGCCACAGUGUGGCAGUCGGCAGAGCUUACCAAAGAUUACACCCCCGGCGACCUGACGCUGUGCCUGCAGCUGGAGGAUGGCACGAAUGUGGAACACAAAAUAAACCCCCAAACCACCAGCCUGCCCCCUCUAAGAAACCCUGACAUCCUGGUAGGGGAAAAUGACCUGACAGCUCUCAGCUACCUUCACGAGCCAGCGGUGCUGCACAACCUUAAAGUGCGCUUCAUCGACUCCAAGCUGAUCUACACAUACUGUGGAAUUGUCCUGGUUGCCAUCAAUCCUUACGAGAGCCUGCCUAUCUAUGAACCCGACAUCAUUAAUGCCUACAGUGGGCAAAACAUGGGGGACAUGGACCCUCACAUCUUUGCAGUUGCUGAGGAAGCUUAUAAGCAAAUGGCCAGAGAUCAAAGAAACCAGUCCAUCAUUAUCAGUGGGGAAUCUGGAGCAGGCAAAACCGUUUCUGCUAAGUACGCCAUGCGUUACUUCGCCACAGUCAGCUGCUCUUCUGGGGAGGCCAAUGUUGAGGAGCGAGUUUUGGCAUCCAGUCCCAUCAUGGAGGCUUUUGGGAAUGCCAAGACGACACGGAACGACAACAGCAGUCGCUUUGGGAAGUACAUUGAGAUUGGAUUUGACAAAAAGUACUGUAUAAUUGGAGCCAACAUGAGAACCUACUUAUUAGAAAAGUCCAGAGUUGUGUUUCAGGCUCAUGGAGAAAGAAAUUACCAUAUAUUCUACCAGCUCUGUGCCUCUUCACAUUUACCAGAGUUCAAAACCUUCAAGUUGGGUUGUGCAGAUGACUUCCACUGCACUAAACAGGGUCAGAGUCCCAUCAUAGAUGGAGUAAACGAUGCUAAAGAACUGUGCAGCACCAGGAGGGCAUUUUCUCUUCUAGGAAUGGAAGAAGAGGAUCAAAUGGAGAUUUAUCAAAUUCUGUCAGCGCUCCUUCAUCUCAGCAAUGUUGAGAUUAAAGAUCAGUCAGGAGAUCGGAGUAGUAUCUCGCCCGAUGAUGUCCACAUGAUGGUUUUCUGUGAGCUGAUGGGAGUGCCUUGUGAGGAAACGGCCCACUGGCUCUGUCACAGGAAACUCAAAACAUCCAAAGAAAGCUUUGUGAAGCCCGUUCCUCGAGUGAAUGCAGUCCAGGGCCGGGAUGCCCUUGCCAAACACAUUUAUGCCAGGCUCUUCAGCUGGAUUGUAGGCUGUGUAAACGGUGCCUUAAAAUCCACAGGAAAACAAAACUCAUUCAUUGGUGUGCUUGAUAUUUAUGGAUUUGAAACAUUUGAUGUAAACAGCUUUGAACAAUUCUGCAUCAACUACGCCAACGAGAAGCUUCAACAGCAGUUCAACCUGCAUGUUUUUAAACUGGAUCAAGAGGAGUACAUGAGGGAGGGGAUCCCCUGGACACUGAUCGAUUUCUAUGACAACCAGCCCUGCAUCAACCUCAUUGAAGCCAAGCUUGGAGUGCUGGACCUUCUGGAUGAGGAGUGCAAGAUGCCCAAAGGCUCUGAUGACACGUGGACACAGAAACUUUACAACAUCCUCCUGAAGCAGAACUCUCACUUUGAAAAGCCAAGGCUAUCAAACAGAGCCUUCAUCAUCCACCACUUUGCUGACAAGGUGGAGUACCAAUGUCUGGGAUUCUUAGAGAAAAAUAAGGACACGGUCAAUGAGGAGCAGAUCAAUGCUUUGAAAAAAACGAAGUUUGAUUUUCUGCUGAAACUGUUUGAUGAAGAUGACAAGGGAACAGGUUCUCCUAACAAACUCACACCUGGAAGAGCUGGACAAAGUCAGAGAGACAAUAAGAAGACGGUUGGACUGCAGUUUCGACAGUCUUUGCAUUUGCUGAUGGAGACGCUAAAUUCAACAACUCCGCACUAUGUGCGCUGCAUCAAACCAAAUGACCUUAAAGCCCCGUUCGUGUUGGACCCUGUCAGGGCUGUGCAGCAGCUAAGAGCGUGCGGCGUCCUCGAAACAAUACGAAUCUCAGCAGCGGGAUUCCCUUCUAGAUGGAGCUAUCCGGAAUUCUUUACUCGUUAUCGAGUCCUGAUGAAGCAGAAGGAUGUGCUUCCUGAUAGAAAACAGACCUGCAAAGAUCUCUUAGAAAAACUAAUUAAGAACCAGGAGAAAUACCAGUUUGGCAAAAACAAAAUCUUCUUUAGAGCUGGACAAGUGGCGUACUUGGAGAAGCUCCGGUCCGAUAAAUUACGCUUGGCCUGCGUCUCCAUCCAAAAGACUAUCCGCUGCUGGCUGGCUCGCAGAAAGUACCUUAAGACGAGACGGUCUGUCAUCACCAUACAGAAAUACACACGUGGUCACCAGGCGCGGAGGUAUGUUGACUUUCUGCGACAAACGAGGGCAGCCGUCACCAUCCAGUGCAAUGUCCGCAUGUGGUUGGAAAGGAAACGCUACCUGCAGAAGCGCUCUGCAGCCAUUGCAAUUCAGAGCAUGUUGAGGGCUCACAUGGCCAAACAGCAGUAUUAUAAGCUGCUGUUUGAGCAAAAGGCAGUGAUCAUUCAGAAGUGGGUGAGAGGCUGGUUGGCGAAGCAGCACUACAGACGCACUCUCGCUGCCGUCGUCCUGCUGCAGAGCUGUGUGCGUCGCAUCAAGGCCAAGAAGGAACUGAGGAAGCUGAAAGUGGAGGCACGCUCUGUGGAGCACUUCAAGAAUCUCAACGUUGGCAUGGAGAACAAAAUUGUGCAACUCCAACAGAAACUAAACGAGCAGCAAAAAGAAAACAAGGAAUUCAGUGAAAGACUGUCUGUUCUGGAGAAGACUCUCACUCUUGAGAGAGAAAGACAAAGCAGAGAGAUAGAAAGUCUACGAAGAUCUGAGGAGGAAACCCGAGCCAAAGCAGAGACGGUUCCUUCACUGCUGGAGCAACUUUCCUUCCUGCAACAAAAACUAGAAACCACUUGCAGAGAAAAAGAUGAACUUGAGGAGCAGACGAGGAUCUACAAGGAGCAGACCCAGCAGGUGGUGGAUGACCUUAAUCUGAAGAACACCUUGUUGCAGAGCAACAUAGAUGAUCUAAACAAGGAAAUUAUCCAGCAAGCUCAACAGUUGACAGAGACCAAAGCAAACUUUGAGGAUACCAAACAACUGGAAAAGGAUUUAACAGAAGAACGGUCUCGCUACCAAAGUCUGCUGAGUGAACACCUACACCUGGAGGAACGACACAAAGACCUGAAGGAAGAGAUGAUUCUCAGCAAUAAUUCAAGCAAACGUGGUCACAAGAGGACAGACUCCAACUACAGCAGUAACUCCUCAGAGUUUACUCAGAGCUUAGACUCCUUUGAGGGGGAAGACAGUGUUAUCCAAGCAGAGAAUGAGAACAAGACAACUGUGGACUUGCCAAUUCUUCUUAGGCUCCAGAGAAGAGUAAAAGAAUUAGAGCAGGAAAAACAGUCACUAUGGCAACAGCUUGAUAAAAAUGAGGAAGCCCAACAACAAAAAGAAAAGGACAUUGAAAAGCAGAGCACUGUUGGAAGAACAGAACUAGACCUGGAAACACUCAAGCGGAUAGAAUUGGAGUCUGAGAACAAGAAAUUGAAGCAGGAUCUGACUGAUCUUCGAAAGUCUCUGAGCAGUGAGAACAGUGAUGCUGCCCCCCCUGCUCCUGGUUCUUUGCCGUAUAAGACAUUACUGGAACAGCUGACCUCUUCUAUCGAGGAGCUGGAGAUGCGGAAAGACGAAGUGCUGCUCCUUCGGUCACAUAUGGUUCGUCAGGAGGCGCUCAAACACAGGGACUCUAUCCUUGGAGAAAAUGCUAAAUUAGAGCUUGGCGAAAUCGCUUCUUUUCAAGAUGUUAACAAAUCCACAGAUGUCCAUGCACUGAAUGAGGAUGGAGAGUUGUGGCUGGCUUAUGAAGGUCUGAAAGAAACCAACAGGCUACUAGAGUGCCAAAUGCAGGAGGAGCAACGUGUUCAUGAUGAGAGGUACCAGAAGCUGCUGGAGGAGGUGAACAAGCUGAAGGCUGAGAAGGAGCAACAGCAAAAGCUGCUGGCUCAAAGCCUCAUUUUGCCUGAAGAUGCUCGAAUCGAGGCGAGCCUGAAACAUGAAAUCACUCGACUCACCAAUGAAAACCUGGAGCGAAUGGAACAACAAGAAAAACAAGAAAAAACUAUCCGCAAGUUAACAAAGCAACUUAAAAUGUAUAUGAAAAAAGUGGAAGAUUUUGAAGCAAGUGUACAGCAAGCGUCUGUGACAACUGAUCCUGUCAGAGUGGUGAACAUCACCCGUAAAGAGAAGGAGUACCAGGGCAUGUUGGAGUACAAGGAGAGUGACCUGAGUCGCCUGCUCAAAUACUUAAUCAUUGAUCUGAAGCCUCGUGGUGUGGCUGUCACUUUCACUCCAGGGCUUCCAGCCUACAUCGUCUUCAUGUGCCUUCGGUACACAGACAACAUUAGCGACGACAGGAGAGUCAGCACCCUGCUUAAUUCCACCAUCAGCAGCAUCAAAGGGGUGGUGAAGAGGAAGGGAGAGGAUUUUGAGGUGAUUUCUUUCUGGCUGGCCAACACCUGCCGCUUGAUGCACUGUCUGAAGCAGUACAGUGGAGACGAAGCCUUUAUGGUCCACAACACUGCUAAGCAGAAUGAGCAGUGCCUAACCAAUUUCGAACUGUCGGAGUAUCAUCAGCUGUUUGGUGACUUGGCCAUCCAAAUUUACCAUCAACUAAUCAAAUGCUUGGACAACAUUCUGCAGCCUCUCAUAGUUGCGAGCAUGCUGGAGCACGAGCCAAUCCAGGGUGUGUUAGGGUCCAAACCCACAGGUCUGAGAAAGAGGAGCACCAGUACCUCUGAUGGGGCUGUAACAAUUGAGGUCCUCCUGCAGCGUCUCAGUGUCUUCCUGACCACAAUGAGUCAGCAUGGGAUGGAUGUACAUGUCGUCAAGCAGAUCAUCAAGCAGGAAUUCUACGUUAUCGGUGCCGUCACACUAAACCACCUGCUGCUGCGAAAGGACAUGUGUUCCUGGAGUAAAGGACUGCACAUCAGGUAUAAUGUCUGGCAGCUGGAGGAGUGGCUGGCGGAGAAUGAGCUGACCGACAGCGGUGCAAAAGAGUCGCUGGAGCCUCUCAUCCAGGCUGCACAGCUUCUGCAGAUAAAGAAAAAAACUGAGGCUGACGCCUUGGCGAUCUGCAACAUGUGCACUGCCCUCACAACCGCACAGAUCAUUAAAGUCUUGACUCUGUACACACCAGUGAUUGAUUUUGAAGAGAGAGUGUCAACCACCUUCAUCUCAACUAUAAAGAACCUUUUGAAAGACAGGAAUGACUCAGCCACCUUAAUGAUGGAUGCCAAGAAAAUCUUCUCUGUUAUCUUUCCAUUCACUCCCUCCUCUGUGGCUUUGGAGACCCUUCAGAUUCCAGCGAGCCUUAAUCUGGCUUUCCUUACUCGAGUCUAGAUCAGAGGUCUGAUGUGUUUAGCUUGCCUGUUUAUAUAUAUAAAAAAUGCACACUCUGCUAGCACUUUGUUUGCUCUGCUUUUCCAUUAGAAUAUUUUGAUACUGGAACUCAAGAAUCCACAGAAUGUGUUUGAAUGUACAUUUUUUAAGACUUUGCAAAAAAGUACGAGUAUAAACAGAAAAAAACAAGUAAUGUCUGCCAUCUUGUACUUGCAACAUACUGUGCUGCUGGUUGAUAUUCAUCAGUUAUUUUUUAUGUGUGUAAUAGUUAAACUCUAAAGUGAUUUCACAUGUUGAGAAAGCAUUUAGAGUAUUUUCACUGCCAGUUCUGUUAUGUCAAAAUGUUGCCUUUUUGAGUAAUAUUUAAUGUUCAUUUAAAUUUACAGGAUUUCUAGAAACAAAAGCCUACUGUUUUAUAAGUGUAACUCUGUAUUCCUACAAAAAAGAUCUUAAGGUAUUUAUGCGAGUUAUAGUUGGAGUAAAGAAAAAAAAAAGAAUAAACUGUAUGCAUUACCAACAAA